AGCAUGAGUCCAGAAGAGCAGGCAAACCUCAUCGAAGCCGAGGGCAAGAUCCUCGUGGACGUCAAGGCGCCCUUGAAGGACCGCUUCCGCGCCCUGUUUGCCCUCCGCAACCUCGGCGGUCAGCGCUCCAUCGAGCUCAUCAACCAAUGCUUUGAGGACGAGUCUGCGCUGCUGAAGCACGAGUGCGCAUAUUGCCUCGGGCAGAUGCAGGACGACGUGGCACUGCCAUAUCUGUCCAAAGUGCUGGAGGACGAGCAGCAGGAUGUGAUGGUGCGACACGAAGCGGCCGAGGCACUUGGAGCGAUUGGCAACCCAGCGUCACUCGACCUCCUCCUCGAAUACACCGAUGCGCCCCAGCCCGAGAUCUCAGAGACGUGCCAGAUUGCGGCCGAUCGCAUUCGGUUCCAGCAGCAGAAGAACGAGGCGCCCACAGCAGACGCCAAGUUUCUGUCUGUUGAUCCUGCACCCGCAGCGCCGGAAGACACACCCAUCCCAGACCUCAGGGCCACGCUCCUCGACACAUCCAAGCCGCUCUUUGAGCGAUACAGGGCGCUGUUUGCGCUGCGCAAUAUUGGCAGUGAGGAUGCUGUUAAGGCGAUUGUCGACGGAUUUCAAGACAAGAGCGCCCUCUUCAGACAUGAACUCGGGUAUGUGUUGGGCCAGUUGCAGCACCCGGCCGCCAUCGAGGGCCUCAAGGCGCGGCUUGAGGACGGUGCCGAAAACUACAUGGUGCGACACGAGUGCGCAGAGGCGCUCGGAUCCAUCGCACACGACAAGUGCCUGCCUGUGCUUAAGGCGUUUGCCGGUGACUCGUCACGCGUAGUCCGUGAGUCCUGCAUCGUCGCCCUCGACAUGCACGAGCAUGAGACGUCUGGCGAAUUCCAGUAUGCGUCAGCAGCAAAGUAGUCAGCCCAGGCACCAAAGAAUCAUGCUUGCAGACAAUAUACCCUUGCUUGCAAGCACUUGAUCACAUCUUGCCUAUCCUUCACACUCUUUUGCAUGAUGUUGCACAGUGUCGUGCGCACCUGCUUGAUGUUGUGUGUUCCUGUUGCACUCGCGACCCCUCUCUAAUGUCUUUCUUCCCUCUCUAAGUUCGUCUCUUCGUCCAAUGACACACAUACACAGUGCGUUCUCAAGGCUCAC